UCUCUCCCCGGCUCAGGGAGGGGAGGGAGGAGGAAGAAGGAGUCACUUGCGACAAAGAGCCACAUUGUGCCUCAAUAAACUGACCUUCCCUGAGACUCAGGCUAUUUUUAGGCUGCUCUUUCCUGCGGGGGAAGGGGGAGCAGUUCGCACACAUCUGCUGGCCGAAUUACAACCGGCCCCACAUCACCUUCCCUGCCCCACUGAGCCACUCAACCAGUGCCCCCUAGCACCGGCCCUGAAGGCCAGGGGACAGCCCCCCACUCCACUCCCUGCAGCACAGCGCCCCUGAGGGGACUGAAAUCAAGGCCCCGAUCCUGCUCUGAUUCCUGCUAGACCAGUCUGCCCAGAUGCCUGGCAUCACCUGGGGUGCCUCAGGGGAGCAGCCGUGCCCUUCUCGCCUGGCACCACGGGACGCUGCUGCGGGUUUGAUGUUGCGUGGGGGGGGUUAGGGACAGCGAGUCCCAGCAGCAGCCUCCUGCCUCUGGGUGCUCAGCCACGUGCUGCGAACUUUCCCCUAGCAGUGUCGCCUGCCUCUCAGGCCUGUGGCGGUUGGGUACAUUCCUGUGGUGGGGCCAGGGGAUUGAAUUGCACUGAGGGGGGGAACAGGUAGAGCUGGGCCCUGGGAGUUUUCCAACCAAGCCCAGCCCAGCCCGGGGCCGCCCCUGGGUCUGCCGGCCCAGCCCAGCCCUAUAACAGCCCCUGGAGGCACCGCUGGCCCCACAGCCGGCCCAAGCCUGCGAGACAGCAUGGGCGAGCUGCUGAGCCUGUGCAUGCUGGCUGCACUGCUGGGCCCAGGGGGCGCCAUCUCCUGCUAUAACUGCACCAGCUCGGAGGGCUACAACUGCACCAUGGACCAGGCCACCUGCCCGGGCACCGUCAACAGCUGCAUCACCAUCGCCUGCGUCGAGGAGCACGGGGACGAGGACAAGGAGAAGCCCAUGUAUGAGAAGAAAUGCAACUUGGACGACCGGCUUUGCAACCAGUUCUACGGACUGACGGCUGGCGCUUACCGUCUGCGCUGGAACUCAACGUGCUGCCGGGCGGACCGCUGCAACCUGCCCGAGAUCACCCUGCAGCCCAGCUCUGGGGUGCCCAACGGGCUGCAGUGCCCCUCAUGCUUUGCCCGCGGCUCGGACGUCUGCGUGCCCAGCGAGGUGCUGAACUGCACAGGCCUGCAGACCCAGUGCAUCCAAUUCGCCGCCACCGCCGGCCCAGGGUUCGAGGGUCUCCGGGUGGCCUUCAUGGGCUGUGCCACCCACAGCCUGUGUGUCGUGGGCGCCGUGGCCCUGUUCGCCCCCCAGCGCCAGGCCGUGCUCAAGACCAACAUGUGCAGCGCGGGUGGGGCGGCCCGGGGGGGGCUGCCCCUCCUUGGCCUCGGGGGGCUGCUCCUCUGGGCGCUGCGCCCCUGAUCGCAUCGUCCCCCCUCUGCAGUGCCCCCCUUUGGCAGGGAGCCGCCCCCCCCCCCCAAUUGACCUCCCCCCUGCAUAGGUCUGGGAAGUAGUCUCUUUCCCGGCUGUUGCUCCCGGUCAUCCUCCCCCCAGCCUGGCACUGCCCCUCAUCACACCCCCAAAGCUGGGCGCUGCCCCCUUAAAUGCCACCUGUGGAUGGUGCCGUGCCCUUCCUCACCCGCCCCAGCGCUCCCCCCCCCAUCAUCCCUCCCCUGACACGGUACUUCCCACGGCCCAAUUCCGUGUCCUCUUCCCUGGGUUGGAUCGGGGCUGGCGCCCCUUAGCGAGGACAGGCCCAGUCCCCACCCCCCAAGCCAGCCAGUCCCUGUCCUCGGGCCAGAUGGGAGCCAGCGCCCCCUAGAGGGGACAGGCCCCGCACCCCAUUUCCCGCUCCUCUGAGCCAGCCGAUCCUGCCGUGGGGCCGGAUGGAGCCAGCACCCCCUAGAGGGGACAGGCCCCGCACCCCAUUUCCCGCCCCCCUGAGCCAGCCGAUCCUGCCCUGGGGCCGGAUGGAGCCUGCGCCCCCUAGAGGGGACAGGUCCCGCGCCCCAUUCCCCGCCCCCCUGAGCCAGCCGAUCCUGCCGUGGGGCCGGAUGGAGCCAGCGCCCCCUAGAGGGGACAGGCCCCGCGCCCCAUUUCCCGCCCCCCUGAGCCAGCC